CAGUGUUUUGAUAUAUAUAUUUGAUACUAACCUAAGUAACUACAGUAAAGUACGUUCAGUAAAGAAACUGAGCUAAAGUAAGUAAAGUAGUACCUUAAAGGAAUUAAUUUUGGCGGGAAUUGAUUUUUGCAAAUUUUGCGAAAAUUAGUUCCCGUGAAUUUUUUGAUUUUUUUCUCUUUAAAAAACGAUUUACAUUACUCUUUUCUUCUGAUGUUCCUACCCCUUUUGUUGUAGCAAUGCGAAUUUUAACUUCAGCAGUCUUUAUUUUUGUCGUCUACAAAAAAUAGACCCUGAAAAUGUAUAAAUUAAGAGAAAAAAAAUGCUGUCAAUUAAUUUUUUCGCAAAAUUUGCGAAAUUGAAUUCUCGCGAAAUAAUAGAACUUCGCGAAAGUUAAUUCCGGUACGUAAAAGUAAGCAAAGUAACUAUGCUAAACUUAAGCAUUAAUCCUCGGAAAAAUUUAUCCUAAAACCGCUUAUUUGCAAAAACAUACAACCAUCAAAUCUUUGUUAGAUAUCGGAUUCGCAAAAAUAAAUCCCCUUAAGUAUAUUUUUAGGGACAUGCAAAGAUAAAUCUAUCAAAAAAAUUACCCAGCAGUAAUUAAUCCUGUAAGGUAAAGGAACAUCCGGUUACAACCAUAUAUUUUCUCAUCAUUUUAGUUAAAAUUGUGUAAAGUACAAAUUUAAAAAAAGGAUAAUCAUACAUUUAGAUAAUACCUUAUAGAUUUCAGGAAUCAAAAAUAUGUCUGAAAAGAAGAAUGUGAAAAAAACAUCGGAGCAGGUUGCUAUUUUGGAACAGCUUUAUGAAGCUGGUAUGACAAACUAUAAAUCUGACAACACCGCAGCACGUGCUUUGCUUCAACAAGCUAUUGUUAAGACAGGUUUAGGUGAAUCGCAGAUCAAGGUUCGUUCCCAUUUAUCAUCAAUACCGUAUACUUGCUAUAUUAUAUGACCUGUUUUCUGUAAAUCCCACAUUUGAGUUCUAUGAAUUGACAAGUUACGUGUGCUGAUCAUUAUCAUGAAAGUGUUGAUGUAGGAAUGUUUGUAUUUUUGUUGUUAGGAUUGGAUUAACAGUAAAAGAAGAUCUCCUCAAGUACGGCAAAGAAAAUACCAGAGAGAAGACCUUCUAGGUUCGACAUAUUUCGAAGAGAUUAUAUGAAAGGUUUCUGAUAAAUUAUAUUAUCAUUCAUUAUAUCAUCCAGGAAUUGCCAGGUAUUUGUUCGAUGGAUGAGUAAACAAAAUACUUUUACCAGUGCUCACUAUUUCUUCAUAACUUCAUAGAUAAUUGUGUGGGAGUUGCUGAGUCAAACAGAGCCUGGGGAGAAUUAUCGCUAGAAGAAAAGGAAAGUUUUAAAAACAAAGCUUCUCUUGUAAACCAGCCAGUAUUUAACGACUUGUCGAUGGAGCAGCAAACAUCUGCAGUGCGAUCUAUUCGAAAUAAGAUGGAAAAAUUGGUUGGUGUGAUUGUUUUAUUCUAUAUUGUUUGCCAUAAUGACCAGGAUCAUCAAAUUUAAUUCUUUAUGUAGUGUAGGGAAUUGGAAUCCAUCGGGGUAGAAGUAGCGGUCAUGGACAUUGAUUCGAUGAGAAUAGGAAACAAAGUGACUGUGUAUGGUAGUCAAAAAGGUGUUGAUUUUAUUGACUCCCAAACCGAUAUGGAAUGGAGGUUUGCAAGCCACAUGACUAGUGAAAUUGUCCAGAAAAAAGUGGAAACAAUAUCAUUACGCAAAGAAGUCAGCAUGCAACUUAACCAGAAAAUGUGUACGUAUAUUUUCCAAUGCGUUCGUGAACAAAUGAAUGUGCAUUCAAAUUUGAGCUUUUUUAUAUUCAAUAGACCUAGCGACUUGUGGUAAUCGUACAACAGUCCCUUAUGCGCAGAUUGAACGAGGUUAAGUUUUUGUGAAUGGUUUACCGAGUGGCUUCAAUUUUAAAAAACCUGGUAACUACACAGUUGGGGCUCAAUAUGUUAAAAGACAACAUGGAAAACAUUACAUUUACUGUCUCGGCCACACGAAGUCACAAAGACAACGCAGAUGUCUCUGUCGAUGAUUCUUCUGAUAGCAUACUGCACCAGCCAGUGCCAGUCCCGAUUAUUCCUGAGAAUACUACGGGAAGCAGUACAAAUGUUGAAAAAAUAGCGGAAAUGGAUUCUAAUUCAAGAAAACGCAAAGUGAGAGACGAAGCUGUACCACGCGAAGAGCUUGAUGACGAGAUUCAAUCUCUGAAUUUGAUGGACAACGUUCCCAAUAAGUCUGGAAAAGUAGUGACCCUUAAGGAAGUAUUGGAUAAAUCCGCUGAAGACGAAGGCUAUGUUGAUUUCAUAGCAACUCAUAGGGAUAAUAAUGGCAUAACCCAAUAUCAAGUGAAAUGGAUUGGAUACCGUAGUCUGACGUGGGAGGCGGCAGAAAAUCUACCAAAGUCAGACUUGGAACAAUAUUUCAUUAAAAAAAUGUGAUUACUUUCUUCGUUUAGCAACUACCUUAUUCGUACUAAUUUUUGCGCAGUGAAAAAAAAUCUAUUUGGCGCGUAUAGCGCAAUAGCAACAUGAACUUUGGCGUAAGUUGAAAUUGGUCCACAAAUAACAGGGGAAAAUAGUAAAAUUCAAGGUUUUAGACAAAAUAUAAAUGCGUGUCUUUUGCUAACCAAUGAACGUUUUUGCGCGAAAAUUAGUACGCGCAAAAAUUAGUACGAAUAAGGGAAGUUUAACCCUAUUCAGUACGGCUUUCAAAGCUUUACUUAGACCGUGUAGAUUUUGCACUGAUUUCAGAAAUCAUGCCAUCAACUUUUAGUACGGAUAAGGAAGUAUAUCAAUGAUAACUAUGAUCAAAUAUAUUUUUUUUUUAAUACUGGCAUUUAAAAAAAAAUACAUUGUCAAAAACCAACCUUUAUCAUUAACUGACACACUCUUUUAUAUAGAAAUUUGUGGGCCAAACGAUGCGAUGAUCUCCAAUCCAUACAUUGUAUUGAGAAACAUUUUAGAAGAUCACGUGCAUCAUCUUCGAUUAAAGACGCACUUUUUAAGUACGUAUUCAACAAACUACCAUAACUAUAUAUGUCAGAACCGUAGGAGACAGAACAGCCCUUGAAAAGCUCCGGCGCUACGUGCUUCUGGUUGGAAAAUUUCUUUAUAACGUCCGUACAACUUGCGCGUACGCAUGUUGCACGACAAGAGAAAUAAAAUCCAAUCAGGAUAGGAAACAUGUCAGGUCCAUGCUAAAUAACGUUAUCUGAAACAAUAUGGUUGUGGAGCACGCCCUUGUCAUGUAAAUGGUUCAGAGCGCUGGCAACACCUGUCAAUAUUUUUUUAAUCGCAUUGCGCGAUGCAACUUCUGGCAUACCAGAUUUUAGAAAAUAUUCUUAACUGUCACCACUGACAUAAUGUGUCACAGAAUAGAAAGCCCCGUUCAGAUGGACGACACCUAUGGUAGUAAUAAUGUUUUCGUGUUUUCCAAUAAAUUUUAAGAUUCGAUGAUCUUGGCUAACAUGAGCCACAUUUUUCACGCUAACACUUUCAUUGUCCCCUUUGUUCAAAAAUGUUUUUAAGACAACACUUGCUCCAUCAUCAAAUGUGACUUUUUUGUUUGAGCAAAUUCUCCUUCUUUAAGAUUCGAUAUAAAUAAACUUUUCAUGAAGGUGCUGUCUAAAACACAAGGAGUUACUUCUUGCAGAAGAGGGUCUUCUGUGUGAAAUCUAUCAGCGAACAAAGAUGCAUCAACCAUCUGUACAGACCUGUUGACGCCGAGUUGUUCAACAAGUUUCAGUCUAGUGAACUCCGCAUUUCUAAGGAGAAGUGAUGCGUUUUUUUCGCCAAGUUCGUGUAUCUGGUGAUGUAGCGUAUCGUUCAUUUUCAUUAAUUUUUCUAUUUUUUUCUUGGAAUCACUCAAUUUUUCAUUAAUUAACUCUUCCUUGGUAGGCGCAUAUGUCCAUUUUUUUCUUUUUUCGCGAAAGCUAAAUAGAUAAUAUAAGUAAAUAACGUGUUUAUUUCGUAAAUAAAAUCAAUAUUGCUACUAAUUAUUUUUAUCGUUAAAAUUGAUACUUUUACAAGUAAACAACUCACUUGUUCACUUUCUCCUGCACUUGGGAAACUUUUCUUGUCUGCAACUUUGUCAUAUUCUUCAUCACUCUAAAAAUAAAAAAUAUUUGAUGGGACUUCGACACGCUUGGAAUUAGAAAGCUGGAAGAAUAUUUGUAUCAUUCCGCAUAUUGUCGUUCUUUCUCUUAACACGACUUAAAUGUUAUUUUACUUAUAUUGAAAAAUCAUAAAAAACAUACAUCAGUAAUAUCACAAAGUGGAUUACAACCAGUAACAUUUGAUGCAUGGUCUCCACACGGAAUGGACACCGUCGUCACUUUUAGCUUAGUCCUAUUUAAGCUGAACAAACUAACAUGAAAUAAAAAUUAAAAAAAAACAUAUAAUUCUGUAAGACACAUUGCCCUGGGAUUUCAGACUCUUUUGGAUGCCUAUUUUUAGGCAGAAAAAUGUAUGCCUAGACAAAGAAGGACCCAUGUUGAAGUUUAUUUUAAAGCAAAAGCCUGCUUGACCUUGGAAUUCAAUUGUUUCUUGGAUUAAUUGAGGAUACAGAACUCAUUAGCUUGGACAACACAACCUGCUGCAAAUCUAUAUCACAAAUUUUUAACCAUAAUAUAGGUGACAUUCCUUAGCCACUGCCAGCAUUCUUUUGUUAACGUAUGGAUAUUUAUUUGUUUAUAUUUUUAGUGAACAUCUUUGUGGCAAGCACAAAGAUGCAGAGGCUAGUUAACACAAAGUCUUGUCAAGUCUAUUUUUUGUACAAGGUAUUAUUAGACCGUUAAAUGAAUGUGGAAUCAGAAGGUAUAUAUAAGUAGUAUCAAUCUACACUCAAUAAUAGUUUAAAGCCCUAGCAACGUUUCCGUCAGAAGAAAUUCGUUAGAAAGUAUCUCUCCUUAGCCAGCUCUAGCAUUUUUCCGCCUGUCACGCAAAAGUUUAUAGAGACCACUGAAAAUGUAACAAAGAAAUCCAUUAAAAGCAUGGGCGAAAAUACUGCCAAAUAUGUAAACAUUGCAACUCAUCUAUAUACUACUGGGACUGAUAAACUAUAGUUAUACUCUUUUCUUGUCCUUUCACAGUUAUACUCUUUUUUUGUCCUUUCACCCACCAGACUUCUCUUGUCCUCCCCCCAUACCCCUUCUCCCUGCAAACACAACCCACACUAUCCCCCA